UCUGCCCCCGAACUCACUUCUCAAUCGGAUACACUUACACGAAAAAAGUUUGUCGAGAACUUUGUCGUCACUGUCUUGGCCUUCGUCUUAGCAUUUGCUAUGAUUGGUGGAUUGAUUUUCGUUGGAAAUAAAGACUACGAAGAAAAAAAAAAUUACGUUCCAAAAAUUACAAUACCUUCUAUUGAUUUCACGGUGCUUAACUUAACAGAGACUCGUCUUAGCGUAAAGUGGGAUUUAUUGAUCAGGAUCCCUCCAGAUCUUCCUGGUCACUUUACGUGUCUCAAAGGAGAUUUUCAGGUUCUCAUACUUUACAAAGGUGUUACCAUCGCUAAUUCAUCCAUGGAGAGUUUGAUACCGCAUUGGCCUCAGCAGCUUAAUGUUUCAGCGAUUGCUUCUGAGGGAGAUAUGGACGGUGCGGUUGUGAAAGAUAUUAUGGAGGAUAUCAAGAAAGGAGGUGAAAUACGAUUCGGAUCACGAGUGAUUCUACCGGAUUGCAGAUAUGGGACAAGCGGAAAGAUGAACUAUGUGUGUGAUGAAGCCACGUUAAGGUUCGAGCCUGGCUCUCAGACUCCGAGGAAGGCAACUGAGUUUGGAAACCAGCCUACUUGCGUCUAUGUUCGC